AUCUGUGCUCUUUGUGCAUCAAUUGGUAUUAAAGCUGAUUGGUUCUUGGAUCUUGUAAGAUGAUGAGAACUUGGAAUUCUGAAGCGGCUAAUGAUGAUGUAAAAGAUAAAUUUGCCGCGAUCCAAAAUCAGUUGCAGAAAUUAAUGGAAGGAAUGACCAUUAUCAAUGAUAGUAGCUCCAAAACUGAUCACGAGCUGGGCAAAUUGAAGGAAAUCCUGAAGACUAUGGAACCGAAGGAUAAGGACGAGGAGGAGUCAUCUCAAAUGAAUAGGCGGUCUGAAGGUUCUUACCAUGCCACAUCCUCUGGUAAUGCUCUUACUCGCUUUUCCAGACUUGAUUUCCCCAAAAUUUCCAGUUUCGAUCUUAGAACCUGGUUGUAUAAAGUGGAGCAAAUUUUUGCAACGGAUGAAAUUCCUUCUGAACAGAAGGUCAAAAUUGCAUCCAUCCAUUUGGAAGGUGAAGCCAUUGCUUGGCACAGGAUUAUUGAAUUCAAGUUUGAAGGGAAGAAGCAUGUGUUGAGAGGGGCCAACAGCCAGCUUAAAACAACCAGGGUUAAGUCAAUGGAGAAGGAUUGCGGGGUAAACCGGGGGUCUUAUCAAGUUGAUAAUUUAGUGGCGGAUGUGCGGAGGAAAAUGGAAGGGAAAUAGUGGGCGAAAGUAUGGAGGGUGUUUUAGGAGUUCUUUUUUGGUAUUUUAUGGAAGAAAAAGAAUAGGAUUAAGAAGGAGAAAUGGAGGGAUAUGAAAUGGAAGAAAUAUCACGGAUGGAUAAAACCAAGUUGGUGUUAGGAGAUAUUACACACUCUUAUCCUAACUUGGGGUUUGAAUCUAGAAUUCAAUUAAGAUAUUACACACUUAAUCAAAUAUCUAGAACCUAAAACUCACACUUAAGAUAACCACUCUUAAGAUAUAGAAUUAGGAAUUUGGCUAAAAUAGCAUCACACUAUUUUAAUAAUACUCAAAGAGGGAUGAAUGGAAUAAAGGGAGGGUUUUAUUUGUUUAAUAAAAGGCUUAAAAGAAGGAAAAUAACAACAAACAAAAGGUUUUAUUUUACACACUUAUUUUCUGCCAGGGCUAAAAUAAGAGUAGGAAAAGCUUUAUUUUGAAAUGAAUUAAAUGGCAAGGA